UGUGCAUUUGGAUACUAACAUACACAAUCAAAGUGGAGAUUUACUCAAUUUGCAGAAUAUCUGGAUAUAUAUAUAUAUAUAAUUGUUAUAUUGUUGAAAUAGAGAGAGAGAGAGGCAUGCUUGGAUUUGAGAGGCAGUCAUCUAUUGAGAAUGAACCUCGCACUCUCAGUAAUAAUCAGAUCGAUUUCGCUAGGGAAGCAGCACUUUAUGUGGUGAAUACAAGAAGCACGCAGGAAGCUCUCACCAUCUUCACCGAGGGGCUGGAGCCGGCGGUGGCACGGGCUGAAGAUGGUGGCUGCGACGGCGAAUUGGUUAAUGUUUGCAAUACCGAAACUUAUGGGAACAUCGACAAUCAUCACAAUGUUAGAGACGUAGUUACUUCACCUUUUUGACCCCUCAAUUUCAACUUUCUUCUUUUAUUUAACCUCAAUUUUUAAGUUUCUUCUACUCCUCAAGCAAGGAAUUUUCUUUUCUUUUUUUCAAGAAAAUUAAGGUGUGAUAAUAUUGUUGAUAUGGAAAUGAAGUCCAUUUUUCCGCUUUUGUGACAAGGAUGUAAAAUGAAGGCAGAAAUAUGGUAGAUUGAUUAUAUCAUACGUUUUAUUUCAUGUCA